AUGCCCUCGCUCUUGGGUCCCUACACACCCGAGUUCCGCAACUGGGCUAACAACAGGCGUUUCAUCGCCCGCUACAAAGUGCUGCCGCUGUACCGCGAUACCCACAUCGAGUCCGCAAUCCCGGCCGACGAGGUGACCAAGAUUGCCCUGCGCCUUCGCUAUCUGAUAGAGGAAGCCGUUCCCUGCGAACUCGAGGACGAGCAAAUCACCCGCCCACACAGCAAGGUCAUCACCAAGAAGGUCGUCAAAGCGGCCAAAGAGGCUGGUGGUCCGGACAAUCGGGCCUGCGUCGUCUACUGUCUGCUGGUGGUAAAGAGAUGGUUCAAGCACCAGGCUCUUAUAGAGCUGUGGGACGCAGAUUUGCACGCAGUCAGGGCUGUGGCCUGUGAGGUCAUUGCAAAGCAGAUCAUCGAGACAGAAGAGGACAUGACCUACCUCUUGCAUUCGGUCCUGCUCAAACGCUAUGCCUUUCUGAUUGACGGAGAACCCACGCCACCCGUCAAUGUCAUUGAGAAGGCGGUUGAUCUGCAUGCUCUUCGUGUCAUUGGGUCAUCGGGUUACCAGAAAUGCGUAAGCUAUCUCUGGAAGGGUUGGCUUGUUCAGGAUGAGGAUGAUCCUGCAAGCUUCGUCGACUUCAAAGACCGGGACAACACGUCCUUGCUCUCCCAUUUAGAUCCCGAUCGUAUGAGGGCGCCAAUGUACCAGAAUGCAGCGCAGCUCUUGAUCUCCCUCAUCUACUUGGCAUUGUAUACUGGUGCUAUCAACACCAUCAACCCGAAUGGCGACCUGGACGCUGUUGAAGCUCUGCUCUACGUCUUUACUUUCGGCUUUAUCUGCGACGAACUUACCAAAUUUUGGAAGGCCGGGUAUCAUAUCAUCGGAUUCUGGAACGUGUUCAACGGUCUACUUUACUCGUUGCUGGUCGUCUCGCUCGCCCUACGGUUCGUCGCCUUUAGCCGGGAUUGGGACGACAACAGGCAGCACUUCAACCAGAUGAGCUACAGCUUUUUGGCCUUCGCUGCACCCAUGUUUUGGGGCCGUCUACUGCUCUAUCUCGACAGUUUCAGGUUCUUCGGGGCUAUGCUUGUAGUCUUGAAGGUCAUGAUGAAGGAAUCUGUCAUCUUCUUUGCUCUGCUCUUCGUUGUCAUUGUUGGGUUCUUGCAAGCAUUCAUCGGGAUGGACUAUGCAGACGAUAUGGUUGGUGACGACACUAUAUUCAUUCUGCAGGCCAUGGCCAAUGCUAUCAUGCAGAGCCCUGACUUUACCGGCUUCGAAAGAUUCAGCCCUCCGUUCGGCAUCAUUCUAUACUACCUCUUCACUUUCGUCGUGAUGAUCAUCCUCCUCAACAUCCUGAUCGCACUCUACAACAGCGCCUACGAGGAUAUCUACGAGAACUCAGAUGACGAAUUCCUAGCCCUGUUUUCUCAGAAGACGAUGCAGUUCGUCCGCGCCCCGGAUGAAAAUGUCUUUAUUGCGCCUUUCAACCUUGUCGAGAUCUUCCUUCUUGUUCUUCCAUUCGAGUGGUGGAUGCCUAAACACGCAUAUGAGCGGCUCAACGACAUUGUCAUGGGCACGAUCUACUCUCCCCUGCUGCUCGCCGCUGCCUUCUUCGAAGUGCAUACUGCCCGGGAUAUCCGCAGAAACCGUUCGCGUGGUGAAGAUGACGACGACACAGUUGAAGAAUGGGAGCAGAUGGUCGACCAAGUUGAUUUUGAAGGAGAAGGAUGGACCAAGAAGGUAGCCGAGAGUAAGAGCAAUGUUGAGGAGGAACCGGCUGUCCUCGAGGUCAGAAAACUGAGAACCGAAGUCAAUGAGCUGAAAGAUCUCCUCCAGCAACUCAGCAAGGCUUUGGAAAAGACUGGCGCUGGCGAAAGCUUGAUCUAG